AUGAUAAAAGCGCUGGAAAGCCAUUUCAUACCACGAAGAAACAUCAUAUUCGAAAGAUUUCAAUUUAACCCUAGGGUCCAAUUACCAGGGGAAAACAUUGAUAGUUUUAUAGCAGCAGUGCAUGCUCUGGCAGCUAAUUGUAACUUGGGUGCACUUAAAGAAGAGUUUAUAAGAGAUAGGAUUGUCGUUGGUAUGCUUGACAAGAAGACUAGUGAAAAAAUGCAAUUAGAGGCCAAACUUACAUUAUCAGAUGCAAUAUUAUAUGCACGCCAAGCUGAAUUGCAGUCCCAGCAAAACAAUGUACUACAACAACAACAGUCAUCACUUAAUGUUAUAGCUAAACAAGAAAACACUCCAAAAAGCUUCAAUACGGGUAAACGUUCCCAACAUCCUGAGGUAAAGUGUAAAUACUGUGGUUUGGCACAACAUAAACGAGAAAUCUGUCCUGCUCGAAGAUCUACAUGUAGAGGGUGUGGAAGAUUUGGUCACUGGGAUAGAGUAUGUCUGUCCAAGGAGAAGGACUCAAGAUCUCUCCACCAUAUUACCACCUCUUCAGAAGAUGGUGUUCAAAUUCAGGAUCCUCUUUUCUUAGUUAAUGUUACUUUGACUAAACAUAUGUAA